AUGGCGACCUCGUACAACACAACGGCUCAUGGCGAGCUUCCCUUUACGCUUGCCGAUAAGAACCUCCUGCAGUUUAGUUCCUACGUUCAUGGCGAGUUCGUUGCCGCAAAGAAAGGCAAGACCUUUGAUGUCCUCGAUCCAGGCAACGGCAACGCCUGGGCCUCGUGCCCCGACAACGACGAAGACGACGUCGAGCCCGCAGUUCAAUCCAGCUACGCUGCGUUCCAGUCCUACUCCAAGUACACGCCGCGACAGCGAGCGCAACUCCUGCUCGCCUGGCACCAGCUCAUCGUCGCGGCGCGCGAGGACCUGGCGCGCAUUGUCGUGCACGAGACGGGCAAGCCCAUGGCCGAAGCCCUCGGCGAGAUUGACUACGCGACGACCUUUUCCUGGUGGUUCGUCGGCGAGGCCGACCGCGCCCACGGCUCGGCCCUGACGUCCGCCAUCCCCGGCCGGCGCGCUGUCGUCGUCAAGCAGCCCAUCGGCGUCGCCGCCGCCCUGGUCCCCUGGAACUUCCCCGUCGCCCUCGCCCUGCGCAAGGCCGCCGCCGCCCUCGCCGCCGGCUGCACCAUGGUCGUCAAGACGUCGCCCGAGACGCCCCUGUCGGCCGUCAGCCUGGCCUACCUCGCCACGAGGGCCGGCUUCCCGCCGGGCGCCCUCAACGUGCUGACGACGAGCCUCGAGAACACGCCGGCCGUGGCUGAGGCGCUGUGCCUGCACCCGCGCGUCAAAAAGGUCAGCUUCACGGGGAGCACCCACGUCGGCAAGCUGAUCGCGGGGCUGUGCGCGCGGAACCUGAAGAAGACGACGCUGGAGCUCGGCGGAAACUGCCCCUUUGUCGUCUUUGACGAUGCGCAUGUCGAGCAGGCGCUGGGUCAGCUGAUGGCGUUGAAGUGGCGGCACGCCGGUCAGGCCUGCGUCACGUCCAAUCGCGUCUACGUGCAGAGCGGCAUCUACGACGUCUUUGUGGCCAAGCUCGUCGAGCAGACCAAAGCUCUCAAGGUCGGCCACGGUAUGGGCGAUGGUGUCACCAUGGGCGCGCUCACGACACCCCGCGGUCUCGACAAGGCCGAGGAGCUGUAUCGGGACGCCGUUGCCAAGGGAGCCAAGACUGUCUUGGGGACGGGACAGCGGAUGGACAGCAGCGGCUACUUCAUGGCACCGACGGUCCUCACCGACAUGACUGACGACAUGGCCAUGAGCCAUGAGGAAAUUUUUGCACCAAUCUUGGGCGUGUACCGAUUCGAGAGCGAGGACGAGGUGACACAGAGGGCCAAUCACACACCCCUCGGUCUGGCCAGCUAUGUCUUCUCGAAGAAUGUCGACAGGCUGUGGAGGAUGUUCGAAAAUCUGGAGGCGGGCAUGAUCGGAUUGAACACAGGCAACAGCUCAGCUGCCGAGGCGCCGUUCGGAGGCAUCAAGGAUAGCGGCUACGGGAAGGAGAGUGGCAAGGAUGUGGCCAUCAAUGAAUUCCUCAUCACGAAAACAGGAACAAUGGCGAUCGAUGGACACUAUUAA